CUAGAAAGUGAGGAGUCUGGGGAGUGGGUAGAGCGCUCCCGCAUCCCCUGAGGAUGGUUGAAGUAUAGUGUUGGGGACUUGUUUUGAUGCCCUGAUGCCUAAGGGUUUCUGGAUGGCACCGUGUCUGAGGACUCCAGCUGUUCUGACGAUAGCCUAAGAAGAUUGCAUGCUGUUCGCCCUCAGCGCCAAGCCAGGCCUGUUCGGAACCUUGGCUCUCAGUCCUUCAUGGAGACCAGCUCCCAGCAGGAACUUGGCACCCAGAUGGUUCCUCCAUGUGAACUUGUCUCUGGCUGUGGGUUGACAAGAGGACGCCUGGUGGCCAAGCCAGCCCUUUGUCAGUCCUCCGGGUCGGGGCAGCAUGGUGCGGAUUCAGAGGAGAAAGCUUGUGGCGUCUUGCCUGUGUAUGACAGCUACUGUCUUUCUGAUGGUCACACUCCAGGUCGUGGUCGAGCUUGGGAAAUUUGAAAGGAAGAAGUUUAAAAACUCCAAUUUGCAAGAUGGACGUAAAGGCGCGGAGGAAGAGCCUAAACACCUGAAUCCAUUUCCUAAAAAGGAAGCAUUGGCCUUGGCUGGGAGGAACAAGGUGGAUGCUGGUAGCUACCCCAUUGUGCUGUGGUGGUCCCCGCUGACCGGAGAGACCGGCAGGCUUGGCCAGUGUGGGGCAGAUGCUUGCUUCUUUACUAUCAACAGGACCUUCCAGCACCAUCCGAUGACCAAGGCCUUCCUCUUCUAUGGUACUGACUUUAACAUAGACAGCUUACCUCUGCCUCGGAAAGCCCAUCAUGACUGGGCCCUUUUCCAUGAAGAGUCCCCAAAAAACAAUUAUAAGCUCUUCCAUAAGCCAGUCAUCACCUUAUUCAACCAUACGGCCACGUUCAGCAGGCAUUCUGACUUGCCACUGACUACGCAGUACUUGGAAGGCGUGGAAGUCCUCAAGUCACUCAGAUACCUAGUUCCUUUACAGUCUAAAAACAACCUAAGACAAAAACUGGCGCCACUGGUGUAUGUUCAGUCGGACUGUGACCCACCAUCAGAUAGGGACAGCUAUGUUCGGGAACUGAUGGCUUACAUUGAAGUUGAUUCCUAUGGUGAAUGUUUAAAAAACAGAGAUCUUCCUCAGCAGCUGAAAAACCCCGCCUCCAUGGAUGCAGAUGCCUUCUACAGGGUCAUUGCCCAGUAUAAGUUCAUCCUUGCCUUUGAGAAUGCAGUCUGUGACGAUUACAUCACAGAGAAAUUCUGGAGACCGCUGAAGUUGGGGGUCGUGCCCGUGUAUUACGGAUCCCCCACCAUCGCAGACUGGCUUCCAAGUAACAGAAGUGCCAUUCUCGUAUCAGAGUUUUCUCACCCCAGAGAUCUGGCAAGCUUCAUUCGACGACUGGAUUUUGAUGAUGGAUUGUAUGAGACGUAUGUGGAAUGGAAGCUAAAGGGUGAGAUCUCUAACCAGCGACUUCUGACUGCUCUCCGGGAACGGGAGUGGGGCGUACAGGACAUCAACCAGGACAACUACAUUGACACAUUCGAGUGUAUGGUGUGCCGCAGGGUGUGGGCAAACAGUAGGCUACAGGAGCAGGGCUUACCACCCAAACAAUGGAAGGCGGACGUUAGCCACCUGCACUGCCCAGAGCCCACUUUGUUCACCUUCUCAUCUCCAGCUUCUCCGGCCCUGCGUGGGAGAUCAUUGCGAGAGCUGUGGCUGCCCAGCUUUCAACAGUCGAAGAAAGAAGCCCAGGCCCUGAGGUGGCUGGUGGAUAGAAAUCGAAACUUUUCAUCGGAAGAGUUUUGGGCUCUAGUAUUUAAGGACUAAUUUUAAAAGGUACUAGACUGACAGAGUAAGCUUAAUUCUCUUGGUGGCCUUAAUAUUUGAAGAUGAAAGAUGAUGGCUAUUCCACUGAGUAUCCUUCAGGGUAAGAAGUAUUUGUAGCACUUCUCACAAUGAGCCUUGGCAGGUAGUGGCUGUGUAACUUCUAGGGGUUGCCUCUGUAUUUUUAUACUAAAAACAAGUAGACUUUUAAAAACUGGACAUUGGUUGCCUUCAGUUUAUGCAUUUGGAUCCAGGUACAGGCUGGCUUCUGUGGAAACUGACCUGAGCUUUCCUUGCCAUACAUCUAGCUGUGAGUGCGAGAUACCCACCUCCCUGUCAGCAGCUCAUGGGUCCUUGACGAGCCCAGUUUGUUGAAUGAGCGAACCACAUUAGAACUUGGCAGUGACAGACUCCAUCUGUUGUUCUUGGCGACGUGAGUAAGUAAAGCUCUCUCAAGCUUCUCUGCUCCCCGAGUCCAAAGGCCUGGGGCACAUGCAUGUCUGUCUUCCACUCCACACCUGCAAGCCACGUCACUAGCCUUGCUUAUAUUUGCUUCACCUGUGCCCUCCUCUUGUUUUCCUCUGCAGGGGGAUUUUUGAUAAAGAUGUAACUUCUCCUAGUUUCUCCAUCAGUAAGAUGUUACCCAUUGUUUCUUAUACGACAGGGGCAGGAGGCGGAAAAUGAUCAGUUUCAUAGCAGCCAGCUAUUUGUUUGGAUCAAGUUGCAGGAUGGGAAUGCCCUGGGCGCUCCUCUGGUUUGAAGCUGCUGAUUGCUCUUAGAAUCAAUCCUUGCAGGCAGGCAGGCAGGCAGGCAGGCAGGCAGGCAGGCAGGCAGGCAGGCAGGCAGGCAGACAGGCUGCUGAGGAAUAUUCCCUAGUUUCCAAGGCUGCUGCCGGCAAAGGGUCAGCUGUGUUAUCUAUCUGGAUACCUACUGGAACUCUCUGAAAACGAGGAGGAACAACCCUGGCUCUCAUUCCCGUAGACGGUCAGAAGACUUCAAGCCAACCUCAAAGCCGUUUGAUAACUGGUGUGUUGGCUUCUGUGUUCCUGAUGUGGGAAGCCAAGCCAUUGCUCUCCAGCCAUGGCAGCCGGCCUGUGAGAAAUGAGGAUUGAAAGCAGCGCAUUCUUUAGGAGCAGUCGGGUCACCUUACUGGUGGUAGAACCUGUCUGUGGAGAGUGUCUCUUCAAUCUCACAUCUGUCAUGGACUGAAUGUGAUCAUAGGCAAAUCUCUUAACCUCCCUGGACUUUGAGUUUGUAUCUUAAGGAGGAGUGGUUGAGCUGGCCUUUGAAGUUAUAACUUUUUAAAUUACCCGUCAAAGUUUAAGAUGGCUAAUUUCAUAGGCGCUUUUUACUAAAGUGGGAAUAAACUGGCGUAGAUGUGUGUUUUUCAAAAGAAAUGUAUUCUUUGGAAGAAGGAACUAUUUUACAUAGCAUUGGGAAUGAAGAGAUUUCUCUUAUUAUUUUAUCUACUAACACCAACAUAGUAAGUGUUUGAAAGAAGGGCUUGUAGGUGUAAAGUCAGGCCUUAAACUGUAUACUGAAUGUAUACUGAAUUCUUUCUGAAUCCUCAAAAAUGGUCUGCCAAAGGAUUUAUACCUUUGACAAGAUAACAUAGUAGCUCCAAUUUCCACAAAUGUCUAAAUCAGAUGCUCAGUGCUUUCAUGUGUGUCUCAAAUCUCAAUAUGUCAGGCAAUUCUUAACAUUUUUUUGAGAACUUCAAAUAGGUCAUGACAAAUAUGAUUCUCUCCCACCCCUCCCAAUGUCCCUGCAAUGUCCACCCCUCCUUUGUCUUUAUUUUAAAUUGAAAGUGGAAUCUUCUCUCAUACAGUACGUCCCAACCACAGUUUCUCGUCUCUCCACUCCUCCUCGCUCCCCUCUCCUGCAGAUCUACUUCCCCUCCAUUUCCUCUUCAGAAAAGAGCACACCUCCAAGAGACAGCAGUUCAACAGGACAAAAAAGGAUACAGUAAGACAAGGCGACAGCCCUAAUAUUGACGCUGGACAUUAAACAUAUAUUAGAACACACUGGAUCCAGUUAGUGCUGCUCAUCAGUGCGUGGGUGAGGGACCAUACACUGGUGCCUGGGAGCACUCUCAGUGGCACACUGUAAAUAGCUCCUUUGCAAGGCAUGGAGCCUGGUGAUAAUCCGUCCCCCUUCCAGGGAUUGUGACUGACUUGGUCUUGUGCGGGUCUAGCACAGGUAAACCCAACUGCGGUAAGUUCGUCUUUAUGACAGCAAUGCCGUGUCUAGAAGGCAGCAUUUCACAUCACUGGUUCCUAUCUUCUGGCUCUAACAUUCUUUCCACCUCUAGGGGCAGAUGUUUAAGAUAGACCUCCCAUUUAUGGCUGAGCACCCGGCCUUUUAUUCUCAAUACUUUUGACCAGUUUUAUCUCCCUAGUGAUGUUACCCACCACAAAAAGAAGUUUUUCUGACUAAGGUUCUGCUCUAGGUAUAAAUAAAAUUUGCUUCAUUUUUUUUAUAAAUUACUUUUUCUAGAAUUUCAUACAUGAAUACAGUGUACUGACAUCAUUUCCACCCAUCUUUCUCUGUUCCCCAACUUCUUCCCCUUCCUCACUUUCAAAUUCAUGACAUAUUUGUUUAUAAUUAAUGUUGCACAUAUAUACACAUAUAUGUAUUAUAACCUAUGAAGUCCAUUUAAUGUUGCUUCUAUGUUCAUGAGUUUAGGGUUGACCACUUGAAAUUGGAUCACUUGUCAGGGGUCUUGUACCUAGAGAAAACUGGUUCUUUUUCUCUCAGCAGCCACGGACUCCUUGUAGUUCUUCAUGGAUGAGCCCUUGUGUAAUUUCACCUAUUUUUGCUUGUAUGUUGACUUGUACGGUCAUUAUGCAGGUCUUGUUCAGGUAACCAUUCUGUUGAGAUUUCAUGGACACAACACUGCAGUCAUGUCUAGAAACAUCUUGCACAAAGUAUCAUGGUCCUCUGGCUCUUACUAUUUUUGUCUAUCUGUUUCUUUCUUUUUAAGAUCUAUUUACUUUAUGUAUAUAAGUAUACUGUGUCUGUCUUCGGACACACCACUCAAGAG